AUGAUCAAUACUUUUUUAAAAAACAAGAACAUUCACUUGAAGCUUCAACAACAUCACCAUCAAUCGCCAGGGUUAGGUCUCCUUACUCUCCCUAACCAUGAUGAACAACCCAAGAGGUCUCCCAAUGUUGUGGAAUCAGCCAUGUUGAUGAACCAUCAUUAUUAUUCUUCUCCAUCCACCGCCAUUGGAUUUGAUGACAAUGGAAUGACGUCAUGCACAGAAAGUCUUGGAUUCGAGAGUUCAAACGUGAGGCGCCUCAUCUGUGAUCAUCAACAGGAACAAGAAUUGAUCCAUGACGAGAAUCAUGAUGCUGAUGUUUCGGAUUGGAGGAGAAAUAAUAUGGACCGGAAAGAGAGCCGAAGGGGGAGGAAUUCGAAGGUGAGUAGGUCGUUUCCACCGCCUUUGACGUCACUGAACCGCAACGGACAGCCGAGUUUCUUUCUCCGUCCCGCGAGGAAGGACGGCAGGUUAGAACUCACACAAGUUAGAAUUCAACGGCAGGAGAUCCUUCACGCAUGUCGGCAGGAUGGACGGUUGAUAUUACACCUCAUCCCUGACCGUACUCUCUUUGAAGAAGAACAAGAACAAGCCGCAUAUGAUGCUGCUUAUCACGACGAAGACGAAGACGAAGACGAAUACGAACAUGCUGCUUAUCACGAAGAAGACGAAGCUGUUUAUUACGACGAAGACGAAGACGAAGACGAAGACAAAGACGAAGACGAAGACGAAGACAAAGACGAAGACAAAGACGAAGAGCAAGAGGAAUAUGAAUAUGAACAUGAACAUGAAGUAAUAAUUGCAAAUGGAAAAGAUGAUCAACGGAGUAGAUAUGGAAAUGAGUUGAGGAGGUGUCACGAGAUGGUGAAUAUGAACGUGAACAUGAAUAUGAAUCACCAUCAUGAUCACCGACAUCAACACCUGCAACUGUGUGGAAUAAGCAUUGUGUGA